CACACUGGCGCCCGGCCGGGGGGCUCGCACACACUCGACGCUCACCCCCAGCCCAGGGGGGGCUGCCUCCGGCCAAGGUGCGACGAAACCUCUCGGUGUCUCUCCCCAGAUGUGCGAGAAGUUUACCAUCUGCGGGAACAGCAUGGAGAUGCUCGUCCAGAACAAUCUCAAUCUCCCCAAGGUGACGGAGGAAGAUGGGUGCAUGCUCGCCGGCUUCGAUGAGGAUAAAUGCUUGAAGAAAAUCUCAAGCGGACUUUAUACGUUUCAGACAUACCUUGAAUACAUACAAGAAACUUUUACUAGUGAAAAGCAAAAUGUUGAAUCGCUAUGUUAUAGUACAGAGCACCUGGCACAUACCAUAAGGCAGAUGGUGAUCAAUCCCGAUGAAGUGACCAUCCCUGACUCAGCUACCCAGCAAUCCCUCCGCACAAAGCUGAAGUCCGAUAAGACCUGGAUAGAGAAAAUCACCACCCACCUCAUCCUCCGAGACUUUACUUCAUUUAUGGAGAAAACUGUGAGGGCUGUUCGCUAUUUGAAAAACACCAGGAGUUUCAGUGUCUGAAUGUUUUAAUUCAGGCACAAUCCUUUGUUACAAAUCUGUCAUGUGGCAGAUGACAGUGUUGUUCUGUUUUAAGAACCAGAAAUAGUAACAAUGGCUUGCAUUUAUAUACAUUCUCAUUUCCUUCUAGGAACAUAUUUAUUGUAUUUAAAAUAUUUAUUAGUUAUUUAUAUUUGUUAUUUCGA